UCCAUGAAAGACGUUCGAACCAAAGCAAUGUUUUACAUCCCAUCCCGUUCCCAAAUAACCCAACCUUUCCAUGCGUCCCGCAGAAGAGAAAGAAAGAAAAUAUUAAUACAAGCCACAACACAAGAGACAAAAGCCGGUAAACAAAAAAAACCCAGAUACCGCCAACCCAACCCCGCUAGAAAUCAAAAACGAAAAACAAGAAAAAACAAAGCGCCGAGUCCCCAACAAUCAGAACAAACCUCCAUCCCAUCAGAUACCCCUUACAUGCCUGACCUGGUUCCUCGGCCUGUACGAGACACUCUUCCUGCGCUCCCUUCCGCUGGCGACAUUGACCACGACCACGGCCUCACAGUCCCUCGCCCUAUGCCCAAACUCAUGGCAAUUAUCGCACCUGUGCGUGGUGGUGUCACUCGCCCUCUCCACAACAACGAGCCUCUCCCUACUCGUAAACUCCCUCUCCCUACUGGACCCCAGACUGGAGCUACUAUGUCUAAACCCCUGCUCGACUCUGCGGCGUGCCCCGUCCUCGAGCAACCUCAGAUCCGCAACCCUCCUCUCAUCGCGACUAUUACGCUCGCGCACCACCCGUCGCGCCUCCUCGUCGAUCCACCGCUCGCUCGCAAUCCUGCGCUCAACCUCGGCGCGCACCUCGCGAUCCCGCUGGCGAGAAGGGUCCGAGCACUCCCACUCUCCCUCCCCCUCGCAGGACUCGAGCAAGACCUGUCGCCUUAUCUCCUCGCUCGUCGGCGCGAGGAGCUCGGCAAUCGCUGCGGCGGUCGCGGUCGUGUCCACCUGCUGCGUCGUCGGGGAUGAGGGUGCGAUCACGGUGGCCGCUGGCACGGACGAGUACGUGUAGGUGUUGUAGCUCGACGGGGGCAGGUAGAUGUUCGUCGUUGCGGGGGCGGGCGGCGCGGGAACGAGGAUCGUACGCGGAACGGAGGAGCGCUCGACCAUGACGGAGCCGCGGCGGGUCCGCCGUGCUGGGGUGGGACGGUCGUCGGUGUAGCUUGUCUCGACGACGCCGAAGCAGCAGACUUUGCGGUCGUAGGGGGUGGUCAUUUUGGUUGGCUGGCGGAAGUGGGUGGUUGGGUGAUGGCUUGUUGGGUUGGUUGGCUAGUUGGAUGGAAGCUAGCUGGUUGGUUUGGUCGUCUGGCUGUCUGGUUGUCUGGUUGUCUAGUUCUCCGACUGUCUGGCUGUCUGGCUGUCUGG